AUGGAUGAAUUGGAACAACAGCGACCAAACGAUACAACUGUUAUUGGAAUUCAGGCCAUGACGGAAAGUAAUGGUACUACGGGGCCGCAUGUUACGACGGUGUCUGUUACAACAUACAUGCCAAGCGAAGCUCUUGUACCAAUGCCCGUUCUUCCACAAUCGGGCGCUAUCAUCGUUGGACCCGGAGCUAAGAAAGAGGCUCAGCUGCUUGGUUUGGGCCUUAUAAAACUGCGUAGCAAGCAGAAGGAUUGGUUAGCAGACGCAAAAAAAUAUGCGAAAGAGCAAUCAAUUAAGCAAGUACUUCUCAGACAAACGCUUGCGCAUCAACAGAAUCAACAAAAAGUCGCGAUGUAUGCACAAGCUUUAUCUCUCAUGGCGCGUGUUUAUAUUGGCUCGAUAAGUUUCGAAGUUCGCGAAGAAAUGAUAAAAAAUGCCUUCGGUGUAUUUGGUCCAAUCAAAUCAAUUAAUAUGAGUUGGGAUGCCGUUACAGGGCAUCACAAAGGUUUCGCAUUUUUGGAAUAUGAAAUUCCGGAGGCAGCGCUUUUGGCGCAAGAAUCGAUGAACGGUGUGCUGAUGGGCGGCCGUAAUCUCAAGGUCGGACGGCCAUCAAAUAUGCCACAAGCUCAGCCAAUUAUCGAAAUGGUCAUGCAGGAAGCGAAAGCAUAUCAUCGGGUCUAUGUUGCAUCAGUUCAUCCGGAUCUCUCAGAAUCUGAUCUCAAAAGUGUAUUUGAAGCAUUCGGUGAGGUGACGAAAUGUCAGCUAGCCAGGGCUACAGGACCGAAUGCUGGAAGCGGACAUAGAGGUUUUGGGUACUUGGAAUUCAGCAAUGCUCAAUCAGCAAAUGAAGCCAUUGCCGGGAUGAAUAUGUUCGACCUUGGUGGACAGUAUUUACGGGUUGGGAAAUGUAUCACACCACCGGAUGCGCUAACAUACAUCGUUCCCACAUCUGCUGUGAAUCUACCAACAGCUGCAGCUGUUGCAGCUGCUGAAGUCACUGCUAAAAUUCAAGCGGAAGAAAUGACUGCAAAAAAGUCACCCGUUCACACUGCCAGUUCGUCUCCGCUGUCAGGAGGUAUUGCUGCACGUCAGGACUCACCGCAACCAUAUAGUAUACAAGGAACUCCGCCGGUAGGUGUUGCAACAAUUUCACCUGUUGGUAUAGCGACUGUUCCAAUGGUUGGGCUUCCAACGGUAUCACCAGUAACAACAGGAAAGCCAUAUCCUUCAUCGGUUGUUUCUCCAGCGCCUCCGCUGUCUGCUACCGUUCCAACCCAGAUUUCAACGCCACCUCCACCUGUUGCAACACCACCACUUCCGCCAGGACCUCCACCAGGUGGCCGCCGGGGAUUUGGCGGUUUUGCCACGCAGACACCACCUGUACAAGUUGUCAACAUUCCACCACCACAAGUCAUAACAUCAUUACCUGCUAGCACGAUUCCAGUACCACCACCACCUGUUUCUUCAAUACCACCAUCUCCUUCAACGUUGUCGUCUACGCAAUCAUUAAUAUCGAGGAUAAACAUUGGUACUGCAACAAACUCUUCCGUUGAACCUGCUACAUUUGCUCCUCUUCCAGCUAACAUUGCUCCUGUGGAUCGUAAAGCGGUAACUAGUGCUGAUGGCAUAAUGGAUCAACUUGCAAUUGGUUAUGCGUCGACAAGCGACUCUGGUAGUAUGGCCUUGGUUAUUUCUGAUAGUUCUAUACCAGGUCGACGUAGUUUGCAAAAAGUUACUGGGGCUAGUAAAGAAAAAGGAUCAAAACCGGAUGACAAGUCGCAUAAAAAGAAAAAAAAGCCGGUAUCAACUGUGCCAAAAGGACCACAGCUCAAUACUCCUCAAGCACUAGAAGCAGCAAACCGAGCUGGUGAACUCAAUGAUCAGAUGGCUGCACAGAAUGCUAAUUCAGAUGAUGUAUCGUUGGCUGCUCAAGAAGGCUUAGAAAUUAGAGGAAAUGAUGCAAGGCAUUUACUAAUGCACAAACUAAUGCGGACAAAUCGAUCAGCAGUAAUAGUACUGAAAAAUAUGGUGACGAUUGAAGAAUGCGAUGAUGAACUGGAGAGUGAAAUUCGUGAUGAAUGUAAUAAAUAUGGCAAAGUGCAAGAGGUAGUGAUAGCUCAAGAUCCAGCAAGUGGUAGUGUGAAGAUAUUUGUACGAUUUGAUAACCCACAGGAAGCGGACACAGCACGUCAGGCGCUGGACAAACGAUAUUUUGCUGGCCGCGAAAUUUCGGCUCAGAAUUAUGAUCAGAUAUUGUUCGACCAUAAUGAUUAUUCAGGAUAA